AUGUUGAUGAAUAUGCCUGGUGGAGGAAUCGACGUUGUGUUUCCUCCUUUUGUUGCUUGGGUAUGUUACAAAUUUUUGAAGAACCGCCGGUUGGUGGCUGCAAUAAUCGUCAAUGCUCUCGUUUUUGUUGGGAUGUGUUUGCUCAAUUUCACAACCCACAGAGGUUCCAAAUUAGCAGGUUACCUAUCUUUCUAUAUGGCAACUGCUGUUUUAUCUUGUGUCUUUUCUAUUGUAUCUUCUAACGUUGCUGGCUCAUCAAAGAAGAUUACAGUUUCCACCAUUUAUUUUAUUGGUUAUUGUGUUGGUAACAUUGUGGGUCCUCAAACUUUUACUACGGCGCCAUACGUGGGUGCAAAAACCGCCAUGUUGGUGUCGUUUGCUGUGGGCACAUUUUGUUUGAUGUCGUUGCUUUUCAUCUAUAAUAAGAGAAACACUGAUCGUGAUGCUCGAAAAGAAGCUUUGGGAAGCAAAUAUGUGGUUCCGGAAAACAUUGAGUUUUCAGAUUUGACCGACAAAGAAAACCCGGAAUUCAGGUACUCUUUAUAA